ACACCCCCCUUUUUCUCUGCCCCCCGCCCCUGGAGCCGCGGCCAUGGACCCGGCAGAUCCGGCCUGCCCUGGCCCAGCUCAACACCUGAUUUCGAUAUUUGCAAAGGAGAGAUGCCCCAUUCUGCUGCUCAUGCUAUUGCCUGCAAGGCUUAAGUGGCAAGGUGACCAUUCUGGCUGCUAGAGUGCGUGUGCCAGCCUGGGUGAGGAAGCAGAGACAGCCUGCCAGGGCUUCUCUCACUUGUCCCCAGGGCCUGAUGUCGGAGGCCAUGGACCAGCCUGCUGGGAGUCCUGGAAACGUGAAGCCAGGAGAGGGUGGUGAUGGCAGCAUGGAGCCGGGUACCUGCCAAGAGCUCCUGCACCGGCUGCGGGAGCUGGAGGCAGAGAACUCGGCACUUGCCCAGGCCAACGAAAACCAGCGGGAGACGUACGAGCGCUGUCUGGAUGAGGUGGCCAAUCACGUGGUACAGGCGCUGCUGAACCAAAAGGACCUGCGAGAGGAGUGCAUCAAGCUGAAGAAGAGGGUGUUUGACCUGGAACGGCAGAACCAGAUGCUGAGCGCCCUAUUUCAGCAGAAACUCCAGCUCACGGCAGGCUCCCUCCCUCAGAUCCCACUCACCCCACUCCAGCCACCAUCAGAGCCACCAGCCUCCCCCUCCCUGAGCUCCGCCGAGGGACCGGCCACUUUGCUGCCAUUGGGGCGCUGUGCUGGGCAGAGAGAGGUGUGUUGGGAGCAGCAGCUACGGCCAGGAGGCCCAGGACCCCCGGCUGCCCCACCCCCAGCACUGGAUGCCCUAUCCCCAUUCCUUCGAAAGAAAGCCCAGAUCCUGGAGGUGCUGAGAGCCCUGGAGGAGACUGACCCUUUGCUUCUCUGCUCACCUGCUACCCCCUGGCAGCCUCCAAGCGAGGGUCCUGGCUUCCCAGAACCCAUCAACGGCGAGCUGUGUGGCCCACCGCAGCCUGAACCCUCUCCCUGGGCCCCCUACCUGCUCCUAGGUCCUGGUAGCCUGGGAGGCCUGCUGCACUGGGAGCGUCUCUUAGGGGGCCCAGGAGAGGAAGAGGGUGUUGGACAGCCCUGGGGCCCUAGUCAGGGCUCCCCACAGGCCCAGGGCACCAGUUCUGGGCCACCCUGUGCCCCAGGCAGCAGCUCCUCCUCCUCUUCUGAUGAGGCAGGUGACCCCAAUGAGGCACCCAGCCCCGACACCCUGCUCGGGGCCCUGGCCUGCAAACAGUUGAACCUAGGCCAGCUCCUCGAGGACACAGAGUCUUACCUACAGGCCUUUUUGGCUGGGGCUGCUUGCCCACUCAACGGGGACCACCCAGGUCCCAGGCAGCCAACUUCCCCAGACCAGGGGCCCCCCCAGCUGUCCAAGUCCAAAGGCCUCCCCAAGUCAACCUGGGGUGGGGGUACCCCAGAGGCCCACAGGCCGGGCUUUGGUGCUACCUCAGAGGGCCAGGGGCCCCUCCCCUUCCUCAGUGUAUUCAUGGGUGCAGGGGACACCCCCCUGGGCUCGCGGCCUGGCCAUGCCCACUCCUCAUCUCAGGUGAAAAGCAAGCUCCAAAUUGGCCCCCCUUCUCCUGGAGAAGCCCAGGGACCCCUUCUGCCCUCUCCAGCCAGAGGUCUCAAAUUUCUAAAGCUGCCUCCAGCCUCAGAGAAGGUCCCUAGCCCAGGAGGCCCCCAGCUCAGCCCCCAACUCCCUCGGAAUUCCCGAAUCCCCUGUCGGAACAGUGGCUCAGAUGGCAGCCCCUCCCCGCUGCUGGCCCGCAGGGGUCUGAGUGGAGGAGAGCUGUCCCCGGAGGGGGCGCAGGGUCUGCCCACCAGCCCUUCACCUUGCUCCACAACCCCAGACACUGCGCAGCUCAGACCUCCCCAGCCAGCUUUGUCCACUACACUUUCCCCAGGACCAGUGGUAUCUCCUUGCUAUGAGAACAUUUUGGACCUUUCUCGGAGCACCUUUAGGGGGCCUUCCCCAGAGCCACCUCCAUCCCCACUGCAGGUGCCCACCUAUCCACAACUAACUCUGGAGGUGCCACGGGCCCCUGAGAUCCUCAGAAGCCCUGGAGUCCCAUCCAACCCUUGCCUCCCAGAAUCCUGUCCCUAUGAGAGUGGUCAGGAGAAGAGUUUGGACAAGGUAGGCUCAGAGUCUCCCCAUCCUGGCCGCAGGACCCCAGGCAGCUCCUCCAAGAAGCCUGGCCAGGGGGUGGGGCGGCGACCUGGGGAUCCUGGCUAUACACCUCUGCGGGACAGACUGGCAGCCCUGGGAAAACUGAAGACUGGCCCUGAGGGGCCCCAGGGCCCAGAGAAGAAUGGGGUACCAGCCAGGCCUGGCACCGAGAAGGCCCGAGGAGCAGGGAGGUCAGGGGAGAGCACUGGAGACAUGGCACCCCUGACCUCCAGGCCCCCUGAGCAGCCAGAAGCCAAGGGGGGCCUACGGGGGGCAGUAGCCUUAGGUACAAGCAGCCUGAAGCAACAGGAAUCAGGGCUCCUGGGGGACCCUGGGACCCGAGUCUACUCUUCUCACUCCAUGGGGGCCCGGGUAGACCUGGAGCCUGUUUCACCAAGGAGCUGCCUCACCAAAGUGGAGCUGGCCAAGAGCCGGCUGGCAGGGGCCCUGUGCCCCCAAGUACCCCGCACCCCUGCCAAAGUGCCAACCUCAGCCCCCAGUCUCGGCAAGCCCAAUAAGAGCCCCCACGGCAGCCCGACAAAGCUGCCUUCUAAGUCACCCACCAAGGUGGCACCCCGACCUGUGGCCCCACCAGCCACCAAGGAGCCCCCCAAGCCUGACAAAGGGAAGGGCCCACCUUGGGCAGACUGUGGUGGCACCAUGGCCCAGCCCACACCCCCAGCACCUGGCCCUGUUGACCCAAGCCCAGGCCCCGAGGGGCAGGCCCCACACUCAGCCAUUGAGGAGAAGGUGAUGAAGGGCAUCGAGGAAAAUGUGCUGCGGCUCCAGGGCCAAGAGCGGGCACCUGGCACUGAGGCCAAGCACCGCAACACCAGCAGCAUUGCCAGCUGGUUCGGCCUUAAGAAGAGCAAGUUGCCAGCGCUGAACCGCCGCACGGAGGCCACCAAGGGCAAGGAAGGGGCCAGUGGAGGCUCCCCACUCCGGAAGGAGGUCAAGAUGGAAGCCCGGAAGCUGGAGGCUGAGAGCCUCAACAUCUCCAAGCUGAUGGCUAAAGCGGAAGACCUGCGCCGGGCGCUGGAGGAGGAGAAGGCCUACCUGAGCAGCAGAGCCCGGCCACGACCUGGGGGACCAGUGCCAGGGCCCAGUGCAGGCCUGGGGCAGGUGCAGGGCCAGUUAGCCGGCAUGUACCAGGGUGCCGACACCUUCAUGCAGCAGCUGCUCAAUAGGGUGGAUGGCAAGGAGCUGCCCCCCAAGAGCUGGCGGGAGCCCAAACCUGAGUAUGGUGAUUUCCAGCCAGCAUCCUCUGACCCCAAGAACCCUUGGCCAGCCUGUGGGCCCCGAAAUGGCCUGGUGGGCCCUCUUCAAGGCUGCGGAAAACCUCCUGGGAAGCCAAGCUGCGAGCCAGGGAGGCGGGAAGAGAUGCCCUCAGAAGACAGUCUGGCAGAACCAGUGCCCACCUCACACUUCACAGCCUGUGGCUCUUUGACUCGAACCCUGGACAGUGGCAUUGGGACGUUCCCACCCCCAGACCAUGGCAGCACUGGGACCCCCAGCAAGAAUCUUCCCAAAACCAAGCCACCACGGCUGGAGCCCUCACCCGGGGUGCCCCCAGCUCGGCCCCCACCCCUUACCAAAGUCCCUCGCCGUGCCCACACACUGGAGCGUGAGGUGCCUGGCAUAGAGGAGCUGCUGGUGAGCGGGCGGCACCCCAGCAUGCCGGCCUUCCCUGCCCUGCUCACCGCUGCUCCGGGCCACCGGGGCCAUCAGACCUGUCCUGACGAUCCCUGUGAAGACCCGGCACCUCCCCCUCCUGUUCAGCUGGCCAAGAACUGGACCUUCCCCAACGCAAGGGCAGCCAGCGGCUCCUCUGACCCUUUUCUAUGCCCACCCCGACAUUUGGAGGGGUUGCCCAGGACCCCCAUGGCUCUGCCCAUGGACCGAAAGCGGAGCCUGGAGCCCAGCCGCCCAGCUGCUGCACCCCAGGGCCCAGCAUUUGGGGGUAGCCGCACCCCCAGCACGUCGGACAUGGGCGAAGAAGGGAGAGUGGCCAGCGGGGGCCCCACGGGGCUGGAGACCUCAGAGUCUCUCAGCGACUCGCUCUACGAUUCGCUGUCCUCCUGCGGGAGUCAGGGCUGAGUGGCUGCACGGGGACAUGGGACCUCUCUGGAGUUGGCAACCACAGAAUGGACCGACUCUCCUCGCACCCGCCCCUUUGGGGCCCUGGAGGCUCCUCCCAGAAGGGACCAAGGAGGCAGAUGGACAGGAAGGUGAAAGGGGGUCCCCGGCACACCCCACUGCUGUGGAGAUGACCGCGCUCAGCUCAGGGAGAGACCCCACCCUUGGUCCCUUCUCUCACCCAGAGUAAGGCUCUUCCUCGGAGAGACUGGGGGUUCAAGGCUGCUGUGUCCCGGCCCCCAGCUCCCACUUCAGGCUGAGCCAUCUUGUGGUGCUGGGCUUCCUGCCCACCGGCUGUGCCAUCUCCGCCCGUUCUGGCGGCUCCCCUGCCCCGGAGGCCCUGCAGGGCCAGCCCGGAAGCCCCAUGCUGGUGGAGUUUAGGGGCAAAGGGUCAAGUUGCCUUCUUUCUCUGUCUGCCCUGGUCCUCCCUGCUGUCUGGAUGGUGCUGCCCUCCCCCGCCCCAGUUCUUUGGGGUCCAUUUGUCUCUUCUUAUUUUUUAUUUUUUAUUAAAGCGCCUGGCCCAGUCCCCACCCCUCAUCCCCGCACUGCGGUUAAUUUAUCUGUCGUUAAAAUUGCGGCUGCUCUGCUUCCAGCCUCUACUUCUGCCGUAUCCCUAAUAAAAUGUGGAGGCCUCUCCCUGCCCCUGA